AUGGCUGAUACUGUUGCUGCAGCAUAUCCGUCAUCAACAUCACCUGGAAAUCCAGAACAACAAUAUGUUCAACAUCAGUAUAGUUAUCAAGCUCAAGCAACAAGUCCAGGUGGUCAUCAAUAUUAUGCUGAAGCAAAUGGUAUGGAUCAGCAACAAGUAAUGCAAGAAAAUGGUGAUCAACAAGCAGCUAUUCAUCAAGGUCAAGAAAUGAAUUAUGCUCAAUAUACACGUAGUGGAGCUGAACAUACUAAUGAACAACAAGUUGGUUUUCUCGAACAAAAUAAUGCUGGUAUUGUUCAACAAUAUGUAGGUGCUGCUGGUCAACUUGCACAACAACAAGGACAAAAUGGUUAUAAAAUCAAUUUUGAUCCUAAUCCACAAAUUAUUCGUAAACAUGCCAAUGAUGCUGUUACAUACAAACAAGAAGUUGCUGUACGAUAUUUACGUCCACCAACACCACCACCACCUGGCCCUUUGAUUAUCAAAGAGGUACGUAAUCCAGCAUUACCUCCUGCUCCACCUAUUGUUAUUCGACAACGACCACCACGACCAGCUACACCACCUCCACUCAUCAUUCGAGAACGACCACCACAACCACCACCUCAACUAGCACCAAAAUUGAUUACUAAACCUUUACCACCUCCUCCACCACCACCACGACGUGUCAUCAUUGAACGAAUGCCACCAUUACCUCCUAAACCUCAAAGUAUUAUUGUCGAACGUUGGCUUCCAUAUAAACAACAAAAACGACGCGUUAUCUAUCAAAAAGCACCAGCAGUACAAGCUCCAGCUCCUCAAAAAAAUCUUAUUAUUCAAUGGGAAGGUACACAAGCUCGUGUUGUCAAGGAAUUUCGUAAUUUGGGUAUUAUCAAAGCUGAUCCAAAUACAUAUGUACAACAAUAUGGUUCACAAUUACGACCUACACAAGGUUUACCAGAAUUUGUUAAAGGAUUACCUACACCUAAUCUUGGACCAGAAUAUACAACUAUUACUAAUCCUGAUCAAGUUGAUCCAGCAUUAUUAGCUGGUGCUGCUGGUCCUAUAGGCGGAUAUGAGGUUGCUGGUGAUUCAGGUCUACUUGCUAGUGCAUCAAAUGGUUCAUUGACUGCUAAUGGACAAGCUGGAUUUAUGCAAGAAAAUGUUCAAUAUGCAGCAUAUGGUAAUGGGGUUGCAAAUGGUGCUGAUCAAGUUCCUGGUGAACAACAAGGUGGAUUCAUUUAUCAACAAGCAGCAUAUUCAACUGGUAGUACUGUUGAAGGUCAACAAUAUGCUGCUGAACAACAAGGUUUUGAACAACAAGGUCAACAUGGCAAUGGUUUUGUACAAAAUGUACAAUAUCAAACAAUGCCUCAAUAUGGUGUUAGUGGUUAA